CACACUCACUGUUAGCAACGUCUCUCUCUUUCUGUCUCUCUGUCUCUCUCUCUCUCUCUGAAACCAUCCAUGGCUGCAAUUGCAGAGAUGCCUCUUGUUUCUGAACCGGCUCCCACGAAGAAAGGGAGAUCCAGAAGAGCACUAAAGCAGAAAACCCCAUCGUCCAGCGAGGCCAACAUUGUGGCCGGAACUGUCCCUCAGCCAUCUCCGGUUGCGCCACCAUCUGAGAACUGUCCCACCAAAGAGAACCAUAAAAGCCUCUCCUCACAGCUUUCGCCCCAGAAAAAAUCAAAGAGAGGGGCUUCAAAGGCUUCCAAGCAACAACCAGAACUGUCCUUUGAGAAAGAAUUGCUGGAAAUGCAGGAAAGGUUUGAGAAACUGAGGCUUGAGAAACAGCAGACUGAGGAGCUCUUGAAGGUUAAAGAAGAAGCCCUGAAACAAAAUGAGGAAGAGAAGGAGAAGCUGCAUGUCGAACUCAAGAAGCUACAGAAAGUCAAGGAGUUUAAACCCACCAUGACCUUACCCAUGUUGCAAGCUUUGAAAGACAAUGAUCAAGAAAAGAAAGGGAAGAAGAAGGCGGAUCCUGCGACAAAGAGACCAUCUCCUCCUUACGCCUUGUGGUGCAAAGAUCAGUGGAAUGAGGUGAAAAAAGCAAAUCCGGAAGCAGAUUUCAAGGAAAUAUCAACUCUGUUGGGGGCAAAAUGGAAGACACUCAGCACAGAGGAGAAGAAACCUUACGAGGAGAGGUACCAAGAGGAGAAGGAAGCUUACUUGAAAAUUGUUGGAAUUGAGAAACGCGAGCACGAAGCAAUGAAGCUUUUGGAGGAAGAGCAAAAACAGAAGACUGCCAUGGAGUUGCUUGAACAAUACAUGCAGUUCAAACAGGAAGCAGAGAAAGAAAAUAAGAAGACUAACAAGCAAGAAAAAGAUCCUUUAAAACCAAAGCAACCACUCACGGCUUUCUUCUUGUACUCGAAUGAGCGACGCGCAACUUUGCUUGCAGAGAACAAAAAUGUGUUGGAGGUGGCAAAGGUCUUAGGUGAAGAAUGGAAGAACAUGACGGAGAAGCAGAGAGCACCUUAUGAGAAGAUUGCAAACAAGAACAAGGAGCAGUAUUUGCUUGAAAUUGAGCUCUACAAGCAGAGGAAAGAGGAAGAAGCUGCUUAUCUCAAAAAGGAAGAGGAAGAGCUGAUGAAACUUCAAAAGCAGGAAGCGUUGCAAUUGCUCAAGAAGAAAGAGAAAGCUGAGAACAUUAUUAAGAAAACAAAAGAGAAGCGCCAAAAGAAGAAGGAAGAGAAGGAUGUUGAUCCUAACAAGCCAAAGAAGCCAGCAUCUUCAUUCCUCCUAUUCAGCAAAGAGGCCAGGAAGACUUUGUCCGAAGAAAGGCCUGGGAUCAACAAUUCCACCCUUAAUGCCCUCAUUUCGGUUAAGUGGAAGGAACUAAGUGAGGAAGAGAAACAAGUUUGGAAUGAGAAAGCUGCAAAAGCUAUGGAGGCAUACAAGAAGGAGGUGGAAGAAUACAACAAAAAAUUGGUGGCAGAGAACCAGAAAAACUAGAACACAGACAGUCUGUGAGACAUAGAUAGUGUUGGUGCUGGUGUUCAACUUGUUCUGUUGAACAUCUUAGAUGCAUGCUAAUUGUUUCUUCUUCAAAUGUAUGUGUCUUUAGACUUUAAUGGGUAAUGGGUGCAGUCUGUGAGAUAUUUGUGCUUUUGGGAAAUGUUUUCAACUGCUGACAAUUGAACAAUCAGGUAGGAGGAGAAGUAUGGUAGUGUUGGGUGGGUAAUCUAUGAGAUACUUGUGCUUUUAGGAAAUGUUUUCAAUUGCUGACAAUCAAAUGAAUGCUAGUACAAAUUUGGUUGUGUCA